CCGGUGUUGCGGAAGUGGCCCUCCCUGUCAACAGAGGGUUGAGACCUGCUUGGCUUCCACGAAGAGAGGAAAACACAGGUGUGCGCUCUGGAUCCUUAACACUCGCCUGAGCGUGGAUUAUUGUGGAACAUGAUCGCAUGAUCCCUGUCCAUCCUGAGCUGGUUGUUGCGUCUGAUAGCUGCUGGAGAAGCAGAGAGAGGUGAGAGCAGCGAUGGGAACACUGCUGUCCGCACAGGCUCCACAGGAGUAUUCUCAUCUGUCGAAGAAAACUGGCUUUUCAUUGGAGCAGAUUGAAGUGCUGCAUAAGAGGUUCAAACAGCUGAGCCAAGAUGAAGAUGUUUUGAGGAAGGAACACUUCAAUGGAAUCCCGGAUCUGGCAUGCAAUCCCAUCAGUGCACAGAUCACAGAGGCUUUCUUUGACCAAAGAAACUUCUGCAACAAUGUUGCUGGUAAGGUGGACGAGAUUAGCUUUGAAGAAUUUCUGUUGGUCCUGUCUCACUUCAGGCCCCCUUCUCAGCACCUCAAAGAGGAAGAUCGGGAGAAUGUCAGGAAGGAAAAACUUAGAUUUUUAUUCAACAUGCAUGACACCGACAACGAUGGCACAAUAACGCUUGAGGAAUACAGACAUGUGGUGGAGGAACUGUUAUCUCACAGUGGAGCACUGGGAAAAGAAACAGCCAAAGGAAUUGCUGAUGCAGCCAUGUUGGAAGUGGCCAGUAUAUCAGUGGGUCAGAUGAGACCUGAUGAAUUUUAUGAGGGAAUCACCUUCGAACAUUUUCUAAAGCUGCUAGCUGGCUUCGAGAUCGAAUCAAGAAUGAACAUUCGGUUUUCAAAAAACACAUUUACUAUGUGCAAGUGAGGAUGCUAGAUUGAACUAAGAAUUGACAUUUUUAUUUCUUUACCAUUCAACAUUUAUUCUUGUUUUGCACGGUUGAAAAAUACUUGCACUAAUGGUAUAUGCCUUAUGCAUGUGGGAGCAACUAUGUAAACCAAAGAACAGUUUGGAUUUAUUAGAAGUGGUAUUAAUAAUUUUAAGAAACAAUGUUCUACUGCUGAAUAGAUAGUUCAAGCAAUAAUAUUACAAUAUGAAUAACUAUGCAUGGGGUAAUAUGGGCUAUAAAAACUGUUAUUUUGUUAACUGUGAGAUAUAGAUUGUCUGAUCAUUACAUUUCUCUGGGAUUUCUGUAUGAUCACAGAAUGGCAGAAAACAUGCCCUGCGCUAUGUUUACGCAAAAAAUACCCAUAACAUAUUUCAUUAUUUACAUUUAUUUAACCAAAGAGAAAAAAACACAUUUAGUUCAAGUUAAAGCUUUACAAAUACUCUUUAUGAAUAUGAAUAUAUGCUUUUGGCUCUAAAUGAUGUGCAUAAAUUGUUGCUUUCAGACUAGGGUGAAUGUUAUAACCGAACCAAGCUACAAAUACUUGUUUGAAGCUCUCUUACUGCACAUAUCUUCAAUCACAAGGUUUGCAAACCUGUACCCAUUAACACGGUUGUGGCAUAAUUCUGGUUGGAGAUGUGUGUCGACUGUUUUCAGCAGAAUGUGUUUGUUUCCUGGCACAGACCUAUUUUUAUUCACAUAAACAGAUUGUUAGUGGUCGAUUAAGGCCUUUAGAGGACCAUCAUUGACUUGUCCCUUCCAACUUUAUGAGUUCAAACCUGCCAUAAACUGGAAGCCAAGUGAUAUGGUGAACCAUGUCAUGUUGUCAUGCGAGCAAUAUGCUUCUGCUCCAAAAUAUAAAUCUGUAAUGAGCUGCCCACUUAAAAAAGCCCAAUACUAGAGAGGUUUUAUAGUCAAAGACUUACUCAUUCUGCCACAAUUAUAACCAUUAUGGCUGAUGGGGAGACAUUAAGACUCUCAAACUAAUGCUAUAUCCGCUUUUUACAGUCCCUGCAACUGAAAAGUAGAUAAAAUACCAAAACUACCAAAAUAUGUGCUUAUGGUUUAACUUGUUCAAAGUCACUUAUUCAUGUGUCGGUUUCAGCAUAUGUACAUAUUAAAUUUGUGUGUGUGAUUUAAAAAAAGGUUAAAGGAUUAAAAAUAAUUCAUCAUUUAAUAAACCCUGUCUACCGAAUAUAGAUAUCUAAAGCUAAUAAAGUUGUAUCACCAACACAACUAUGACAAAGAAUGCUUCAAAAUAUAAUUAAAGGUAAAAUGUAAAUGUAACAUUCUGCUAAUCAUGAGAGUACCGGUAUGUCAGUUUGGGACUCAUCUAAAUGGAUAUCCACUUUUACUGUUGGUUAUAAUGUUCUACAACUGUAUGAGUGGAACAGCAAAUGACAUAAAAGAUCAUCCAUCUAAAUACACAGGCUUGGAUAUGCACUGUUUAAUUUCACAAUUCUGAUUGAUCAGAGAUUAUAUGUUUUGUAUUAUACCAAGAAAUAACUUUUGAUUUCUUCUCUAUGAGUAAAAAUAUCUUAAAAUAUGUUUGCCCUUCACUCUCCAUCCCCACAAUAAAGGAACAUUAACUGUCCUGGUGAAAUAAAAAAGUACCAACAUUAAUUAUUGACAUGAAUGCAGCAUUCAUUUAAAACAGUGGCUGAUUCAUUUAAAUGUUUUGUCUCUAUGGUUGGAAAUAUACAUUGAAUGCUUUGAUGAAUUUCACAUAAGCAUUAUAACAACUUGUAUACUAUGUCUGUUCUGCUUUAUCACAGGAAAAGGUUUGUCUAAAACUGAAAUAUUCCUUUGAGAGAAAGACCAUUUUAGCAUAGUGUGCAAAUAUUUAUCAGCAUGGUCAUCAAAUUAAAAAUGAGUCAUAGAAACAAUUUUCCAUAACUUGUGGAGAGUGAAAGGGAAAACAUUUCUUUUUUCUUUCCACACAGUUUAUUGUGGAGUGAAUUGUUAGCAGAUAGCACCAGUAGUUUGAUUUUUCAAACACAAGAUAAAUACAAGAAUUAAAAACAGAAAGAAAAAAAAACAGGAAGUCAGAAUUUAAACUGUAUGCUGAUUGUUGCAGCAAUAAGGAAGAUGUUGUCAUCUUUUCUUCCUUCUACCCCACUUCUUUAGCACCACCAUCUCAGUCAUAAAGACAAACAUGAAAUACCAAAAUCAUUCACAAAAUGAGAUGCUUAUUCUCAUAAAUAUGACUCAUUUUUUAGUUACAUAAUAGUUUUAUUGCUUUUAAUGUUUUUUUUCCUUUUGAGUUUGACAUAUACUGCCAUCUAGAGGUGAAAUCUGGGGAUUGUCAUGAUACGAUUGUAACUUAAAGCUCAGUGAAAUGCUUUACAUUAGGACACAUGUUUUAUUUGUUUUAUGUAAAAUGUUCAUCCUAAAUGUGAUAUUUCCAUAGCUGUCAGUAAAGAGUCAUAAUGGAUAACAGAAAUAAAGUUUUGGAAACAUCA